CAUACUCGUAAGGGAACUUAAGUAAAGCGAAGUAAGUUAAGCAAAUAAUUAAAGUGCCAAAGAAUCUUACGAGAACUUAAUAAAGCGAAGUCAAACAAGUGUAUCGUCAAGAUUUAUUUUUAAACAUUCAUGGCGCAUUACGGUGAACAAGCAUCGGCCGCCACAGUAAGAUUCUCUACAUACAAAGACGAAACCAGAGCUGAUUGAGAUCAACUAUGGAAAGAUCAAAUUCGAUGCCAGCAAUAACAAGAUUGAAGACUUUCAGCGCUGAAGUAAAGGAUCAAGAUGAAGAUAGAGCGCAGAGUGAAAUCGUUGAUGAAAGACGUCAAAGACGAAGUAGAACUUUGGACCCUAGACGUGUGACUGAUUUAAAGGAUUUACUGCAACUAAGAACGUUGGCUGGAGCAAACCUUCGAAGAAAAAUCACUUACGUAAAUCGUUUGCUCGAUCAGCCUUUCGAUACAGUCGAUGUUUCGAUUCUAGAAAGACAACGAGACGAACUAGAUAAAUUGCGAGAAAGGUUAAACGAAGCACACGAUAAUUACUAUUCAAAUCUAGAAUCGUUGCAAGAAAUCACCGAAGCGUACCGAUGGCUAGAUAUACGUGAUCGCGAACAUUUUCUAUCUCGAACACGAGUUAACGAAAGAAUAAAGGCCGUAGAAGAGAGAAGUACACAGAGAAGUUCACAGUCAAGCACGUUAUCGCGUUUGUCGGGAAAAUCAACAUCAUCAGUUCGAUCAAGAAGAGCAAAAGCCGCCGCGAAAGCAGCUUCAUUGCUAGUUGAAAUGGACUUUAUUGAUAAAGAAGCAGAAUAUAAAAAACAAAAAACAUUAAAGGAAAUCGCUAAAGCCAAAGCAGAAGAAGAAGCUCUUAAGAAAUUUGAAGAAGAAUGUGAAAAACGGGACAUAUCUCGCACUAAUGAAAUGCAAGCUUUCGAUCAAUAUCGUGGGCAAGGAAAAAGCAUAACAACCCAAAAAACCCAUCCCCCACAAGAACAGCGUAGAUUCGAGGUACUGGGAACAAGAGUGCAUACUCAUAAGCAAGAUUUGAUUGGUGAUGAAGCUACAUCGGACGACGAAGAUAUUCCUGAUGUUUCUGACUACUCGUGGCUAGCUAUGCCUAAUGAAAAUAUUCUUCAGUCAGCCAUGCCUGAUGAAGCAAUUCCUCGGCAUGUUCCAGCGACGUUCGAAUUGAAUGCAAACGCUCAAGAAUUCGUUUCUACAUAUACUGUUCCUCCAGUCUUAAAGGGCGAAGAACGUCAAGUCAUUCCUGAGAAAGAAACAAAUGUUUAUGAAUCACAAUCUAAUGAUGUGAAACCAGAUCAACCUGAUAGUGUUGGACCUUUAUUAGUUGAAUUGGCUAAGCAACAAGUAUUGAAUUCCUUACCUAAACAACAACCACCAAUGUUUUCUGGUAAUUAUUUUGAUUAUCCUUAUUUCAUUAAUUCCUUCGAAUCCCUCAUUGAAAGCAAAGUCGAGGAUCCGAAGCAAAGACUUUAUUAUUUGAAUCAGUUCACAAGUGGGGAAGCAAGAGAAGUUAUCAAAGGCUUAGUCACAUUGAACUCUCCAGAAGCCUACACGAAAGCACGAACUGUUCUGAAAGAAAGAUUUGGUCAUCCAUAUCGCGUUGCUUAUGCCUACAAAGAAAGGUUAUUGAAUUGGGCUACCAUAAAGGACUCAGGAGAUGGUGUUGGUCUAUUGAAAUUUUCAGAUUUUCUUGUACAAGCGGAAGAAGCUAUGAAGACACUUAAACACAUGGAAGUGUUAAAUAGCGAAGAUGUCAUAAAGAAGAUUUGCUCAAAAUUACCAAAUUUCGCAAUUGCAAGAUGGUGCCGUCGAGCGAAUGAAAUCUUAACUGAAAAAGACGCAGUCAAAUUCCACGAUUUCGUAGAAUUUGUGAAAGACGAAGCAACUUUUGCUACAAAUCCUGUGUUUUCUCCUUAUGCCAUUAAAGAAGAAAAGAGAGGUGAUAGGAAGAACGAAGGUAAAGAGCAAGACAUUCGUAAAUGGAAAAGGAAUGAACAGUCCAGUAAUUUUUCAACCAUCGUCAAUCCCCUAUCGCUUACUGACAAAGAAAGAAGUCCACCUGAUGUGCACAAGUGUACUUUGUGUGCAAAGAAUCAUGUUUUGGAGAAUUGUCAGAAGUUUCAAGAAAUGAAGUUAAGUGAAAGAAUGGAUUUCAUUCGGAAGAAAGAAUUGUGUUUCGGAUGCCUUCGUGUUGGUCAUGUGUCUAGAAGAUGUCUCACUAGAAAGAAGUGUGAUGUUUGCCAACUAAAACAUCCUACAUUGUUACAUGAUGCAACGAAGAGUGGCAACAAGAAAGAGUGCUCAACGCAAACUUCCUCAGAAUUGCCCAAUAAGGACCCCAAAUCCACUGGUUCUACAAUUAACAACUGUGUAAGCGUACGAAAUGCUGUGAAAUCCAAUCAAGAUAACAACGAAAGCAGAAUCAGUUCAAUGAUUGUACCAGUUUGGUUGCAUCACAAGAAAGAUCCCCAUCAUCAAAUAAUGGUAUACGCUUUAUUAGAUCCUGCUAGUAAUGGGACAUUCAUUAAAAGUGAUACUUCAAAGAAACUCGGACUUAAUGGUAUAGAUGUUCAUCUAAACUUAAACACAAUGCAUGGAACGGAAAUGAUAGCAACAAAGAAGAUAGCUGGGCUUAUCAUAGAAGACCUAGGAAAAACCACCCAAAUCGAGUUACCGAAAUCCGUUUACUGUAGAGAUGAUAUUCCAUCAAAAAGAGACGAGAUACCUCGACCUGAAAUGGCUGAAAGAUGGCAGCAUUUAGAAAGGCUAACAACACAAUUACCACGUUAUCAAGAAAACGUGGACAUUGGUCUACUGAUUGGAUCAAAUUGUCCAAAGGCGAUCAAGCCACAGGAAGUCAUACCAGGAAACGAGAACGAUCCUUAUGCAAUUAAAACUCUUCUUGGUUGGGGGUUUAUCGGUCCUGUUUCGAAGUUGAAUGAAAACGACUUAGACUUUGAAAGUUAUCAAAUGUCAUGUAAUCGCAUUGUGACCAGGGAGAUUGCCUCAGAGAAACAACUAAACAUUGUUUUCGCUCCAGAAAAUCGUGUAAAAGAAAUUAUCGACCCAUCAACGAUCAACAAGAUGUUCGAACUCGAUUUCAACGAGAAUAUUAACAUUUCGCCAACGUAUUCCUCAAUUGAUGACCAGAAUUUCCUGCGAAAGGUUUCUGAUGGAAUCCACCUUAGAGAAGAUGGACAUUAUGAGAUCCCACUGCCGUUCAAGAAUGAUGAUAUCAAAUUACCAAACAACCGAAAUUUAGCUGUGUUUCGCCUACAACAAUUGAAGUCAAGAUUCAAGAAUGAUACUACGUACAAAGAAGAUUACGUCACAUUCAUGAAAGAAAUGAUAAAGAAAGGAUAUGCAGAGCAAGUUCCAUCGAAUGAAGAAACAACAGAACCAGGAAAAUGUUGGUACAUCCCACACCACGGGGUUUACCAUCCCAAGAAACCUAAGAAGAUACGAGUUGUAUUUGACUGUUCCUCUCAAUACAAAGGAGAAUCGCUCAACCAGUAUCUACUCCAAGGUCCAGAUUUAACGAAUAAACUGAUUGGAGUAUUAACAAGAUUUCGCCAAGAAAGUGUUGCUUUCACAACUGAUAUAGAAGCUAUGUUUUAUCAAGUAAAGGUCUCGAAAGAGUAUCGCGAUUUCCUCCGUUUUCUUUGGUGGCCUGGAGACAACCCAGACACAAAUCAAGAACCUCAAACGUAUCGGAUGACAGUGCAUCUGUUUGGGGCAGCCUCGUCUCCAGGAUGCUCGAACUAUGCCCUUAAACGAACUGCUGACGACAAUGAACAAGAAAUUGGAAAGGAUGCAGCGGAAUUCUUGAGAAGAAACUUCUACGUCGAUGACGGGCUGAAGUCAGUCGCCUCCGUGUCCGAAGCAGUUAACCUGGUGAAGCAAGCCAAAGAGAUGUGCAGUCGAGGUGGGUUCAAUCUGUGCAAAUUCAUCAGUAACAAAAGAGAAAUUCUUCAGCAAAUUCCCGAGUCAGACCGUGCGGAUGCAGUGAAGAAUCUUGACUUAGCUGUAUUACCAAUUGAAAGAACACUGGGCGUGCAAUGGUGCAUAGAAACUGACAACUUUGAAUUCAGAAUUAUUUUACAAGAUCGUCCGUUAACAAGAAGAGGAAUCUUGGCGACUGUCUGUUCAGUUUACGACCCACUGGGAUUCGUGGCACCGAUAAUUCUUCUUGGAAAAAGAAUACUUCAAGAUCUCUGUCGUGAUCAAAUUGAUUGGGACGACGAUAUUCCAGAAGAUUUAAAGAUAAAAUGGAUAAAGUGGAGAAACGAGCUGUCCUGCCUUAAAGAAUUAUCAAUUCCUAGAUGUUUUAAGCCGAUUGAUUUUGGAGAAGUUAAGUCUGCCGAACUCCACAACUUUUCUGAUGCAAGCAACGUUGGUUAUGGUCAAUGUUCGUAUAUUCGCCUUCAGAACGCCGAAGGGAAAAUUCAUUGUUCGCUAGUUAUGGGAAAGGCAAGAGUCUGCCCACUAAAGAGCAUAUCCAUACCUCGUUUGGAAUUAACAGCUGCAUUGGUUUCUGUAAAGGUCAACGAAACGAUGAAGAAUGAGCUUGAAUAUGAUAUACAAAGCGAAACGUUUUGGACGGAUAGUCAAAUAGCUCUUGGCUACAUUGGUAAUGACUCCAAAAGAUUCCACGUAUUUGUCGCUAAUCGCAUUUCACAAAUCCGUAGUAAGACUACUAAAGGACAGUGGAAAUAUGUAGAGUCAAGUUCUAACCCAGCAGAUGACGGAUCCAGAGGAAUGACAGCCUCGCAAUUAUUGAAGAACCCAAGAUGGAUUACAGGACCCAAGUUUCUGUGGCAACCUGAGGAUCAGUGGCUUGAACAUACAACGGUUGAAGACAUUUCAUUAGAAGAUCCUGAAGUUAAACAAUCUUGUUUCUCCCUAAAUGUCAAUAGAACGUGGUGCCUUGCACAGGCAAUUGAAGUUUUCUCGAGUUGGCAACGUGCAAGAUCAGCCGUCGCAGUUUGUCUUACCUACAGGGAAAAGCUGUUGAAGAAAGCCAAGUCAGGCCAAUCAACGAGCAAAGAAACUAUAUCUGAUAAUUGUCAACCAAAGCUUACAGUUGAAACCCUACGCAAGGCGGACAUAGAAAUCUACAAGUCAGUUCAAAUGAUGCAUUUUCAAGAAGAUAUCAAGACGUUGACGAUCAGGAAAGAAAGGGAUGAAAGGUUUGAGAUGCCAUCUAAACAUUCCGUGAAAAAGACAAGUCAGUUGUAUCGUCUUAAUCCAUUUUGUGAUUCUCAUGGUGUUUUGCGAGUUGGAGGUCGGAUCAAGCAUGCUGAUAUUCCCAACAACGUCAAAUUUCCAAUCAUUCUACCUCGAAAAACUCACGUGACGGAAUUGGUAAUUCGCUAUUAUCAUGAAAGAGUUGCUCAUCAAGGACGUGGUCUAACGUUGAAUGAGAUACGAAGCAAUGGUAUCUGGAUCAUUGGAGGAUCAUCUGCAGUGGCCUACAUGAUAAGUAAAUGUGUGACAUGUCGAAAAUUAAGAGGAGCUGCUCAAGAGCAAUUGAUGGCUGACCUACCAACAGAUAGAUUUGAACAAGCUGCACCAUUCACAUAUGCCGCUGUUGACUAUUGUGGACCUUGGUAUAUUAAAGAUCGUCGUAAAGAGCUGAAAAGAUACGUCGCAUUGUUCACAUGUAUGGCUUCUCGAGCAGUACACCUUGAAGUCUCGAAUACGAUGGACACAGACUCAUUUAUUCAAGCAUUAAGACGUUUCAUAUGUAGACGAGGUCCCGUUCGUCAACUAAGAAGUGACCGAGGCUCAAAUUUUAUUGGUGCCCAACGAGAACUACAAGAAGCGUUAAAGGUGAUGGAUGAUAAGAAAAUCGGUGCUGAACUGUUGAAGUCAAAUUGUGAUUGGGUCGAAUUUAGAAUGAAUGUUCCAAAGGCAAGUCAUUUUGGUGGGGUUUGGGAGCGCCAAAUUAGAACUGUCAGGAAUGUCCUAAAUGCCCUAAUGCGAAGGAACAGCACUUGCUUAGAUGAUGAAUCUUUUCGCACACUGAUAUGUGAAGUUGAAUGUGUUGUGAACUCCAGACCUUUAACUGUCAACACUUUGAACGAUCCUGAUUCCCUUUCUCCCCUUACGCCGAACCACCUACUGACUAUGAAGACGCAAGUUGUUUUACCACCGCCAGGAGUUUUCCAGAACAAAGAAUUAUAUUCAAAGAAGAGAUGGAGAAGAAUUCAGCAUUUUAUGAACGAAUUUUGGGCAAGAUGGAGAAAGGAGUUUCUUCAUUCAUUACAAAAAAGAACAAAGUGGAACAAGCCUCGCAGAAAUCUUAAGAUUGGAGACAUAGUCCUACUGACAGAAGAAAGUGAGAUUCGUAAUAAUUGGAAGCUCGGAAAGAUUAUCACUACUUAUCCUGAUGAAACUGGUUUGGUCAGAAGUGUUGAACUUGUUGUUGGUGAUACAAGCUUGGAUGAUAAAGGAAAAAGGCUUAGAGUCCCUUCAAUGUUAAAGAGACCAAUUCAUAAACUUGUGCUUUUGGUAGCCAAUGACUAA